AUGAUUGUGUUUGGACGUACGUACCUGCCCAUCAACGUCGAGGCUUGCCGGGUCUGUCCAGUCUCUGUCAAGCGUCUGUGGGAUGGGCACGCCGCACGCACGCACGCACGAUGGGGUGGAAAUCCCACUCAACCUUGUCCCUUGCUGGUCGGAACGGUGAAGGACAGGGCCUAUCCCCGGCACCCUCUUCCCCUAGAAUGCCACCCUUGCUUUUAUGUCGGCGUCUUUUUGAUCUUCUCCAACGGGCUCGCAGAUUCGCAGGCUCGCAGUGUCCAAGAGCAGGCCGCAGGUGGCACAUGGCAUUGUGGGAUAAUUCGCGCAGCAGUGAUGGGGCGGACCUGCCGCCUGCUGGGACAUCGCAAAGUGACGAGGAAAGAACAUCUGAGUCCUGAGAGAAAGUCUCGGAAGACAGGCCGCUUCAAUGGCACUACCGUGAGGAUACGCAAUAUCACGAUAACUAGCAUCGUUGAGCCACCUUACGACGGCACACCCACGGCACCCUAUCCAUUACCUAUCGAGUUUCCAUGGUGCGCCUCUGCCCGCAACCAAUCCAUACCUGGCGGAAACCUCCCCGACAGUCGACUGAGGGAAUGUCAACCGGUCCAACAGAUUGACGUGGCCAAUCGACGUUCGAGAUUUGGGGAAAACCUGGUGCAGACCUGGCCAGACCGCCGCAGACUGUCAGAGAGGACCAAGAGUCUAGGAGUCUAGGACGCAUGCCUAGCUAGGCCCGACUGCAGACCAGGAUCGUUGGGCUCAGGCUCUUGUCUCUGUAUCUCGUCCGACUUCUCCUUUGUCUCUCCCUCUCUCUUGUUCUGCCGCCUGCCCUCAACCCGACCCUCGAGUCUUGUCAUCUGUUCGAAACGGCACCUAUCCGA